AUGUGGGCACUAUCCCUAACCAAAGGGUUCUUUUUCCCAGUGGAGUUCAUAAAGAGUAACAGUGUAUACCUUAUUGAAGGAUUGGGGAUGCCAACUAUCAAGCAAAUUGCAGAUGAUCUGUUUGCAAGUUCUGUUUUGUCUGAUGAAGAGACAGAUGUUAUUUGCCAAAAGAUUAGGCAGGAUGCCUCAAGAAGUUUAAUCCACUCCAUUUUGAGAAAAGGUGAAAGAGCCUGUGACCUUUUGGUCCAAUUACUGAAGAAGAGAGAUCCUUUUCUUUAUCAGAACCUACAAGGACACCAAGCUGCUGAGCAAGUAACACAGGAAGACUUAGAUUGCUUGGCUCAAGACUUAAUCGAUUUUUAUCAGGCUGCAGUAUUUGAAAAAUUUCAUCCUCUGGGGGAGGAAAUUGACAUAGUUUUUGAUUUGACAACUUCUUAUACUGAUACUUUGCUUUGGAAGAAAGAUACUCGUAACACCAGGCAAGGACAAAAGAAUUUAAAUGAACUUUUACAUGAAUUAGAAAAUCCUUGUAUUAUAGAAGGAGAAGCUGGAAAAGGAAAAACUACUCUUCUCAAGAGAAUUGCUUUACUCUGGGCAAAUGGAGAUCAUCCUUCUUUAAAGAAAUUCAAACUUGUUUUCUUUAUUGAUCUGAGUGGUGCACGGGCUGGAUUAUAUGAGACAGUGUGUGAACAGCUUCUUACAGAAAAUUAUAGAAUAAGCAAAGUUAACUUUAUGAGGAUGUUAAGUUCACUACGAGAAAAAGCCCUCUUUUUGUUAGAUGGGUAUGAUGAAUUUAUAUCCCAGAGCUGCCAAGAAAUAGAAUCACUGAUCAAAGAAAACCAUAGAUUCAAAAACACAGUUAUUGUUACUACCAGAACUGAAACAAUGAGCAGGGUUAGGUAUGUUGGAUCCCUGAUAGCUGAAACAGGUGAUCUGACAAAAGAAAGCGCAAGACAACUGGUUAGAAAUGUACUGGAAGAGAAGUUAGCAGAGGGGCUGUUGUCUCAGCUAGAGUCAACAGAUUCCACUUUUCAAAAUUCAGGCUCUCAGUUUGGGAACCUCAUGAAGACCCCUUUAUUUGUAAUAAUUGCUUGUGCCAUCCAAAUGGGGGAAACCACUUUUAAUCCACACACACAAACAACUCUAUUCUCCACACUUUAUGAUUUAUUGCUGGAGAGGAACAAGCCCAAGAUCAAAGAAACUGGUAAUAAAGAUUUUCUUCUGAGCAUAAACCACUGUGGAGACUUGGCCUUAAAGGGAGUUUUUGACAACAAAUUUGAUUUCCCCCCUGAGGAUUUCUUCCACAUACAAGAAAAAGUCCUGCUAGCUACAGGCCUCAUGCAUAAGUACACAGUACAGAGACUAAAGCCUGUGUAUAGAUUUUUUCAUAAAUCCUUUCAGGAAUACAUUGCAGGCAGGAGACUUUCCAGGCUACUAACAUCACAUAAAGAUGAGGAGAUGUCUAAAGGACUUAGUUACCUUCAAAAAAUUGAUAACAUCCCAGAUAUUAUUUCUACUUACCGCAAUUUACUCCUUUAUACAUGUGGAUCUUCCACAGAAGCCACCAGAACUAUUAUCAAGUACCUGUCAGCCAUUCACAAACAAGGCAGUUUUUCUGAAUUGUGCUCUCUCAAUAAUCAGUCAUCAGGACUGCAACCCAUGAAAAAUGGAAGAAAUGGACAAGAAGAAGAAAACUUGAGCGCAGCUUCUAUGAACUCACUUGUGGAAUGUGCCACUAGCUUUCUUUAUGAAAGUAUCUCCAAAUCAACUGUGAGUGAAGAGUUUGAGGAAUUCUUUCAUGGUAAAAGUCUAUACAUCAACACUCAGUGCAUUCCUGUGUAUAUCUGUGGCUUUUUUGAACACUUCUCCAAUUGUGUAAGUGCAUUAGAACUCAUCAAGUUAGAUUUUUUGGGCUGUUACUCUUGGGGUGAUGUGGAAGAUGAGAAAAAGGAAUGCUUUAAAACCAAUCCAUGGAAAACAGUAAUCCCUGAAAAGGCUGUAGCCUUAUUUUUCAACUGGGAACGAAAGCUACAAUCUUUAGAAAUUACACUUAAAGAUUUCAACAAGUUAGAAAAAGGUGAUAUCAAAUAUUUAGAAAAAAUAUGCUGCUCUGCCUCAAGUCUCAGGUUGCAUAUCAGCAAAAGCCCUGGCAUCACAGGAAAGCUGAAGGAAGUCCUCAAAAGCUGUAAGAACAUGCAGGAUCUUACUGUGGAAUCAACACCUCUUACUACAGAAGAUGAGCAACAAAUAGCAGCAAUGGAGAUGCUGAAAACCAUCGAGAUAAAAGAUCUUCAGGACGGAAGUCUAAAUGGGCUUAUUGAUGGAAUACCAGAUCUGGUCAACCUGGAAAAGCUGGUAUUUGAUAACAUCAAGAUGAAUGAGGCUAAUGCCGAAAAAUUAGCUGAAGGCUUCAGGAAUUUGAAAAAAAUUGAUAUUUUGAAUUUGAGUAAUCUUUUGGACCUUGGGGAUGGGAUGACAUACAUAGUAAAAUUAAUACCUAUCUGCCUCAAAGAUUUGAAAGAAAUCCAUCUAGUCAAUUGUGGUCUUUCUGGGAUUGCUGUGAACUUUCUUGCCCAGAAUCUUGGGGAUUUACACAACCUGUAUGCUCUUAAUUUAUCUGAUAAUUAUUUAGGAAAUGGAGGAAAAGAAGCUCUUCUCAAACUGGUUGACAGCUUAAAUAUCCAACCAAAGAUGAAAGUACUAAUGCUCCCCUGGGAGGAUGAGGCAAAUACCUGUCUCAUCAAGCUGCUAGAACAGCUAGAAAGAAAGCCUCAGCUGAUAAAACUUGGCUUGAAGAAAUGGACCAUCACAGACUCUGAGGCUGGAAUUCUUGGUACUUUUUUUGAGAAGGCAUUCCUGAGAGAACUCCAGCAUCUGGACAUGGCAGAGAAUUACAUGACAAGUGAUGGCUGGCUUACCAUCCUACACGUACUACCCAGUCUCCAGAAACUAACAUUUCUAGAUUUCAGCAGAAAACAAACCUUUCAUCCUUCUUCCAAGCUGGUCCUGUCACUAUGCCGUAUGAUAACCCAAUUGGAUUCUUUACAAGAAAUCAACCUGUCUGGUUGGCAGUUUGAUGCCACUGAUCGUGGAGAGAUUAACAAUGCAAGUAGCAGUUGCAGAAAUGAAUUGCAAGUUAUCAUUUCUUAAACAAGGCCAGUUCUUCUUAAUUACUGUUUCUAUGACCAAAGUCAUAAACAGUGAAACAAGACCAUUUUAGAGCAUAAACAUUCUGAUCCAUGUAAACCCAACUUAGACUUGUCAUACAGGGUUGCCAGGCCCAAACUGGCAAUCAGUGGGAAACUGAGGGGUGGGAAUACGAGGGUGAUGGUCAUUAGUGAUGAAUGAUAUGACUUCCAGGAAAACCCAGAAGUGAUGCCAUGCCUUUCUAGGAAUUGCAUGAAACUCUAUGGUAAAACCAAGUGAUAUCAUGCUAUUGCUUAUGGCAUUUUAAUUUUUUUUCUUUUGCUGGUUGCUGGAAUGCCAGUAGGCAAUGCCUGUUGGGGGAUGGGAGAUUUCCCACCCCAAUGGGCAUAUGGCAACUUUAGGCUGUUGACCUUCUGAUACAUCUUCGUGAUUCAGGCUUUAAGUGAUGAACAAUGAAUGAUUUCUUCACUGGGGAACAACAUGGGUUAUGGUACAUGAAAGAUAGACUA